ACCGGGCUGAGAAACCAAAUCCAGUCGGUACCGGUCGUGAGUGGAGAUGUCACAUCCCGGAUGUGGGAAAACAGAGUCUUGUAGUUCCACGUCGGAUUUCAGAAGCCGUCAUAUAUAGGCUACAUGCGUAGCCUACGUAUUAGCCGAUACGCACUGGCUGGACAGGCAGUGAAGAGAGGUCGCUGACGGACUGUGCGUAACGCUGAGUGGACAGCAGUAUUUCUCGCUGUAUAUUCUAGCCUAGACGGGCUCCUGACAAGAGAUUCGCACUUCUUCUGCAGUGCACUUCGUCAUUAUAACCAGAUGCCCUCCGCCGGACCGGACCCCUUCAGUUUCAUGCCGUCCAACCCGACCGGAGCCUGAGCCGAAGGAUGCAGGUUAAAAACCAGAUCUGCACAGAGCGGAGCAGCACCGACGACCCGGAGCAGGAUGACAACCAGAAGAAGACCUCGUGUUUUUCCAACAUUAAGAUUUUCCUGGUGUCGGAAUGUGCGCUCAUGUUGGCACAGGGCACAGUGGGCGCCUAUCUGGUAAGUGUUCUGACCACUCUGGAGAGACGCUUCAACCUCCAGAGUGCCGAUGUGGGCGUCAUUGCCAGCAGCUUCGAAAUUGGCAACCUGGCCCUCAUCCUGUUUGUCAGCUACUUUGGCGCCAAGGCCCACAGACCCCGCCUUAUUGGCUGCGGCGGGAUUGUCAUGGCGUUGGGGGCAUUACUGUCAGCCCUGCCAGAGUUCCUGACUCAUCAGUACGAAUACGAGGCCGGGGACUCGUGGCACGCUGAGGAUGGCAGAGAUGUCUGCUCUAACACCUCCAGGUCAGAAAACCGAGACUCUGGGUUUAAAUGUGGCAACAGGGCCAACACCAACAUGAUGUACCUUCUGCUGAUUGGAGCCCAGGUUCUGCUGGGCAUUGGAGCCACACCUGUCCAGCCUCUGGGAGUGUCGUACAUCGAUGACCAUGUUCACAGGAAGGACUCCUCGCUGUACAUAGGUAUUUUAUUUUCAACGUUAGUGUUUGGCCCAGCCUGUGGCUUCAUCUUAGGUUCUGUCUGUACCAAAGUCUAUGUUGAUGCUGUUUUCAUUGACACCAGUAAGCUGGACAUCACCCCAGAUGACCCUCGCUGGAUCGGGGCGUGGUGGGGCGGCUUCCUCCUCUGCAGUGCCUUACUCUUCGUGUCGUCCCUCUUCAUGUUUGGCUUCCCCCAGGCGCUGGACGAGCAGGACAUGGACAGUGGGGGGGAGAGUGAGCAGGCCAUGCUGCCUUCUUCCCUGAACCUGGAGUACCAGGGCUCUAAACCCAACGGGGCCAUUCACGGGUUUGAUAUAAAUAGCGGACUCACAGUUUGUGAGCAUCUGAGAGUAAUCCCCCGGGUAACCAGGCACCUUCUCUCUAAUCCGGUGUUCAGCUGCAUCACGCUGGCAGCCUGCAUGGAGAUCGCUGUGGUUGCUGGCUUUGCUGCCUUCCUGGGAAAAUACCUGGAGCAGCAGUUCAACCUUACCACCUCCUCAGCUAAUCAGCUGCUAGGUAUGACGGCAAUCCCCUGUGCCUGUCUGGGUAUCUUCCUUGGCGGGCUGCUGGUGAAGAAGCUGAACCUGUCAGCCCUGGGCGCUGUCCGCAUGGCCAUGCUUGUCAACCUGGUGUCCACCGCCUGCUACGUCUCUUUUCUCUUCUUGGGCUGUGACACCGGACCUGUCGCCGGGGUUACAGUCGCCUACAGCAACGAGACGUUGCUGUCCUGGCAGCGACCUGAGUCAGCGUGCAUCAAUAACUGUAACUGCUACACAGCAUCAGUGAGCCCUGUCUGUGGUUCCAAUGGAGUCACCUACCUCUCAGCCUGCUUUGCGGGCUGCACCAAACCAAACCUGACCAGCUGUACGUGUAUAUCCAGCACCAGUGAAGAUGCGGUGGCUUUACCAGGAAAGUGUCCCAGUCCAGGCUGUCAGCAGGCCUUUCUCACCUUUCUGUGUGUUAUCUGCGUGUGCAGUAUGAUCGGAGCUAUGGCCCAGACACCCUCUGUCAUCAUCCUUAUCAGAACUGUAAGUCCAGAGCUUAAAUCCUAUGCCCUUGGAGUCCUGUUCCUGCUCCUGAGACUGAUAGGCUUCAUCCCUCCCCCUCUAAUCUUCGGCAUGGGUAUCGACUCCACGUGUCUGUUCUGGAGCACUGUCUGCGGUGAGAAGGGAGCCUGUAUGCUGUACGACAAUGUGGCCUACAGGCAUCUGUACGUCAGCAUCGCCAUUGUCCUCAAGUCUUCAGCCUUCAUCCUGUACACCACCACGUGGCAGUGUUUGAGAAAGAACUACAAGAAAUACAUCAAGAACAGCGAGGGUUAUCUCACACCCACCGAACUCUUUGCCUCUAAUGUGACUCUAGACAAUCUGGGCAAGGAGAUCACCCAGAACCCUGCCAACAGGACAAAGUUCAUAUACAACCUGGAGGACCACGAGCUGUGUGACAACAUGGAGUCUGUAUUAUAGUGGUGGUCUGCACUGGGACUAUAGACUGGAGCUGAGGCUGUUAAAUUCCAACUGAUUUGAUGUGCGAUGUUCCGUUGGUGUCAUAUCAGUUUAGAAGAACGUUCUCAGUAAAGGUCUUAUCUUCUUGGCAAACAAAACAUCAGAUAUAAUGAAAAAAACAAAGAGUUUCCCAAAAACUCUAUAUCCACAUUGCACUCAUUUUUGUACAUUUCUUUCAGUUGUUUUGGGGCAGUUUUUCCUAAAUUUGACAGCAGAAUAUAAAUUGACAGCAAACACGGGGAAAGAAAGGAGGAAUGACAUGCAACAAAUGUCCCUUGCCACCGCAGAUAAUGCAUCAUACCACUAAUCCACCAGAAUGCCCCUGAAAGGAUCUUUUUUAGUUCAACAUUUCAAUUAAAAUUGCAUAUUUAGAUUUGUUACGAGACCAGAACUCAUUGACAAGCAGAAAUUUUUGUUAUUCAUAAGCUUUAUUAGACAGUUUAUUUUCCUUUAGAAGGAAGUACUUCUCAGGUCCGGAUGUCAGAUAGAAAGAAUGACAGCAUGGUUGUUCAUCAUUAGAUGAUGCAUAUAUUGGCUCAUGGUUGGAGCACUUUUCCAGACAUACAGAACAUACAGUCAUAACUACUACGCAACCCUACAGACUUACAAACUGACUGAUGUGUUCCCUCAAGUUUAAUAUAACAAACAGGGGAAACGAUACAUUGGAGAGAGAUGCAUUGACAACAGGGGCCCUAGUAGGCACAUCACACAAGGAAAACCAACAAAUCAGCAACAGCAAGAAAUAAGAGUACAGCCCCUUGAAUAGGUGUAAUCCCUCUAUUUGAGAAUAAUAGAAGGGUUAGACAAGACACACAUGAGGUAAUUCAGUGUCUGAACGUGUAACAUUUCAGUUACACAAAUCUCUCUAACCAGUGAUUUGACCGAACCACCAUUAUAACUCUGCCAGGUAGACUCAUGUCAAUGGCAAAUGGAGACAGAAAUACAGUUUGACUUGGUGGUGUAAUUCUACUCUUGGGGACGCCCCCUGCAGCAGUAAUGCAUGGAAUACAUAGCAACAUGAUAAAUAACAAGCUGGGAACAUCGCAAAUAAAACUCUCCAGAGUACAUGUAUGUAGUAGUGCCAAAGCAGGCUGAGGCUGUGGGGGAGGAGGCCUUCACUAAUAGAAUCAGUAACAGCAGCAAAGCUCACAGGAGUGUACAUGCUGAGAGUGUGAAGGCAUUUAAGUAGAACGCCAAGUCAAGGCAGUGAGACAUGAUGAUCGUGGUGGGCUAGCUGUCAGGAGACACAGCAUAGCAUGACGCACAGUGUCCAGCCAGAAUUAGUUCAUUUAAAAGCAUGUUGGUAAUGCAUGCAGUAAUUAAAAAAGAAAUAUUCAGUAUGUCACUAAGAUGCACAGACUCCGUGGUUUUGUGGCCAUGAUAAUGGUUAAAUACAUAUUUAACUCGAAUGGCUUCCAAAUUAUAUUUUAGACCACGGAAAAGCUUUAUAAUGCAUACUGCAUUGUGAUGUUGACCACUUUUAGCAAACCUCAGCUGACUCAUAAUCACUCACACUGCAGUGAUUGUCUAAACAUAGUUUUUUUCAAAUUGGUUUUUAUUUUUUUAGGAAUUCUAUGGGAUUCUGAUUUUUGACAUAUCCAGUUGAUAUAGAGAAUAUAUUCUUUUUUUCGGGCUUACUUUGUAAGUAUUUAAUAUGUUUUGCAUCAAAAAUGUGGACCUUUAUUGAGCUACUUAUCUUUACCAUAGAUUUUAUUUCCAAAAUGUAUAAUCCCUUUGAUGUUGGGUGUUAAAGGAGUAGUUGUACAUUUUGUGAAAUAUGUGUAUUCUCUUUCUUGUCGAGCCAUCUAGCUUAGCUUAGCGUAAAGACUGGAAAUAGGGGGAAACAGCUGCCAUGGAUCUGUCCAAAACAAUCUGUUAAACAAUCCACCUAUCAACACCUGUAAAGCUCAGUUAAUAACAUGUUUUAUUUCGUUUGUGUAAUCCACACAAAAACCAAAGUGUAAAAAGCAACAGGUGGGGGGUUACUCCAGGAAGUCACUGUGCACCGCCAAGAUAUGGUCCUGUGCACGCCCCCCCCCCCCCAAAAAAAACAAGAUAUAUAAGUUGUUAAUAUGUUACCUUUAGAGGUGCUCGUAAGUGGAUUUUGUUACCGGAUAGCUGUUUUUGUUUUCCAUCUUUGUGCUAAAUUAAGCUAACCAGCUGCUGAUUGUAGCGUCAUAUAUCCAAACAUGAGCAUAUUGUCAAUCUUCUUAUCUAACGCUUGGCAAGAAAGCAAGUAAGUAUAUUUCCUAAAAUGUUCUUUUAAGUUAGUUAAAGCCACUUAAAACCCUUCCAUGACUCAGUUUCUUUUAAUGCUGCCACUCAUGUUUUAUGAGUACUUUUUUGUGGUGGACAUGGUUUUGGAUCCACACUUAAUGUAUAAUGAUGAUUUAUUUAGUUUAGCACUUCAAUGUAUUAGAUUUAAACUAUACAUUGAUGGUGCUUCGGCAUCAUAAAUAAUAAAGAGAAUAUUAUAUCAAAUGGGGAGAACAGACGAGUUGUUAGAGGAUGUUGGAGAUCUACUAUGGACCUACAUUCAACACAGAGCCAUGCCAAACCGAGUUUAAGCACUGCGGUGUGACUUAAAUUCUUAAAAUGGUAGAAUUUUUGGGACACUGAUUAGGACGUGUUUGAAACUGUUUCCCUCCUUGAUGGGAGGACUGGCUUCUGGCAGGACAUUCAGGACAGCCAGACAUUAUGCUAAGAUGUACGAACAAUUAAAAAAGGAAGCUUCUAUCAGAGAGGAGGGUGUUCACUAAGAUUACCAGCUGGCCGGCAUCUCCUCCUCAGCAACCCCCAAUAGGCGGUGCUGUCUUUGAUAACUGUAACGUCCCGUGUGUCAUAGUGCUGACUCCUGUGUAUAUACUAGUGCCAUACAAGUGCCAAAGUGACACCAUAGAAGUGUUUUGUAAUGUCCUGCAGAGAACUUUGUCUCAACACGCUGGAGCUCAGAGCAGAUCCUCCAGCUGUAUGUAGCCUUUCUGUGAUAUCCCUCCACUUACUUUCACCAUAUCAUACAAAAGUGUCCCAAAAACAUAUUGCCUAUAAAAUAUUGUAUAUGGGUCUAGAAAACAGUAUUAUUUAGGAUGUAAUAACUGUUAAUAUGUAGGACUUUUCUACUAGUGAAGGUAUUGUCUAAUUUAGAUUAAUCUCUCUUUCCAUCAAUGGCAAAGCUGAUAACUGUUUGUUGCUUUGGUCCAAAUAAAAACAAUACUUUGCUUGAAAUAAGUGGCACCAAUGUUAAGCUAUUGCCUGACAUUGUACAGUAGAUAAGGUUGACUGUAGAAAAUGUCACUGAUAGCAGUCCUGCACCUGUGCCUGGAUAUUAAGCUCUACUCUAAGACUUUCUGAUGGGAGCCUAUGUUGUGCCAUAUCAACCUGUGCACUGUAAAAUUCAACACUCGCGAAGAAGAAGCCAACUUAUUCUAGGUCUGUCUAACGUGCUGGCAAGUGUGACAGCGCUUGCUUGACCUUGUAUUCACCUGCGGCGACAGGACUGUUUUGCCUUGUGAUGAGAAAAUAACUUUGGAGCAUAAAUGUUUUUUUACAUCCUAUUUUUCUCAUUAUUCUCUUUUGAAGACCUUGCCUUGUGGUAACAGCAGGUUGACUUUUAUAGCGGAUUUUUAGUGACAGACAUAUUGCCAUAUGAAGAGUUUACUGCCGAAAUACAACAUUUCUGGGCAAAAUAGUCCUAAUGUUUAUCAUUCAAGAGACAUUUUGGCAUCAGUGGAGAUUUGUCCUGUAAAUAGGCCCAUAAUUUGUUUUUGUUGCUGUUAAGUAUUUGUUACAGAUAGUCAUGUUUUGUAAAUGAUGGAUGUUAUUUUGGAAGCAAACUCUUCGUAUGCAGAUAGUUAAUCCUUUGGUUUGAGCCUUUAGGCAGCAUGUUGCCUUUGAUUAAAGUGAAACCAUGUGCUAACCAUGUUAGUGACGGUUUUAGAGUGAUGCGUUAUGUGCUUAUGUUGUGGGUGGUAUUCAAUGUGUGAAUUUCAUGGCUCUUUGCAGGGGUACCUUUGAAAAGAAAAGGGCAUUGAAAUAAGAAAAUAUCACCUAUAUUUUCAAAGCAUCACUAAAGAUUUUUGGAUAUGCUCAAUUGCUUCUUUGGGUUUGUUUUAUUUUUCUUUAAAUUAUAUGAAUUUAUAUUUAAAAGCUUUAUGUUCUGUAUAUUUCUUGGAAAGGAUUACAUGAUUGUAUGUUUAUUGUAAAUACAUUAAAUAUACUAUUUUUGUUUUUAA